GCUUGAAGAUGCAGUGGACGCCAGAGCAUGCCCAGUGGCCAGAACAGCACUUUGAUAUCACUUCAACCACCCGGUCCCCUGCCCACAAGGUGGAAGCCUACCGGGGGCACCUGCAGCGCACCUACCAGUAUGCCUGGGCCAACGACGACAUCUCGGCUCUGACAGCCUCCAAUCUUCUGAAAAAGUAUGCAGAAAAAUACUCCGGUAUUUUGGAAGGCCCCGCCGAGCGGCCCAUUCUCAGCAAUUACUCUGAAGCGCCCUCGGGGCUGGUGAAUGGCCGGAAGAAUGAAAGCGAGCCCUGGCAGCCGUCGCUGAACUCGGAGAGUGUGUAUCCCAUGAACUGUGUCCCAGACGUUAUCACUGCCAGCAAACCUGGGGUAAGUGCAGCCCUCCCUCCCGCAGAUGUCUCAGCCAGCAUUGGGAGCUCUCCUGGGGUGGCCAGUAACCUGACUGAACCCAGUUACUCCAGCAGCACCUGCGGAAGUCACACCGUUCCCAGUCUUCAUUCAGGGCUCCCAUCUCAGGAAUACGCCGCAGGAUACAAUGGCUCGUACUUGCAUACCAGUUACAGCGGCCAGCCAGCACCUGCACUUCCAUCCCCUCAUCCAUCCCCCCUACAUAGCUCGGGACUUUUACAGCCCCCCCCACCACCGCCGCCACCAGCCCUUGUCCCCGGCUACAAUGGGACCUCUAACCUCUCCAGUUACAGCUACCCUUCUGCCAGUUAUCCUCCUCAAACUGCUGUUGGCCCCGGGUACAGCCCUGGGGGUGCCCCACCGCCCUCGGCGUACCUGCCUUCAGGAAUCCCUGCUCCGACCCCUCUGCCCCCAACCACCGUCCCCAGCUACUCCUACCAGGGCCACGGUCUGACGCCCAUCGCACCGUCUGCCCUGACAAACAGUUCAGCCAGCUCUCUCAAAAGGAAAGCUUUCUACAUGGCAGGGCAAGGAGAAAUAGACUCCAGUUAUGGAAAUUACAGCUAUGGCCAACAGAGAUCUACACAGAGUCCCAUGUAUCGAAUGCCCGACAACAGCAUUUCAAAUGCAAACAGGGGGAAUGGUUUUGACAGAAGUGCUGAAACAUCAUCCUUAGCAUUUAAGCCAACAAAGCAGCUAAUGUCCUCUGAACAGCAAAGGAAAUUCAGCAGCCAGUCCAGUAGGGCUCUAACACCCCCAUCCUAUAGUACUGCUAAAAACUCACUGGGUUCGAGAUCGAGUGACUCGUUUGGGAAGUAUACCUCCCCAGUAAUGAAUGAGCAUGGUGACGAGCACAGGCAGCUCCUCCCUCACCCAAUGCAAGGCCCGGGACUUCGUGCAGCUACCUCAUCCAACCACUCUGUGGACGAGCAACUGAAGAAUACUGACACACACCUCAUUGACCUUGUUACCAAUGAGAUUAUCAACCAAGGACCUCCCGUGGACUGGAGCGACAUUGCUGGCCUGGAUCUAGUAAAGGCCGUCAUUAAAGAGGAGGUUUUAUGGCCAGUAUUGAGGUCAGAUGCAUUCAAUGGACUGACUGCUCUACCUCGGAGCAUCCUUUUAUUUGGACCUCGGGGAACAGGCAAAACAUUAAUGGGCAGAUGUAUAGCCAGUCAGCUGGGGGCCACGUUUUUCAAAAUCACUGGCUCUGGCCUUGUCACAAAGUGGUUAGGGGAAGGAGAGAAAAUUGUCCAUGCCUCUUUCCUCGUGGCAAGGUGUCGCCAACCCUCGGUGAUUUUUGUUAGUGACAUUGAUAUGCUCCUUUCUUCUCAAGUGAGCGAAGAACACAGUCCAGUAAGUCGGAUGAGAACCGAGUUCCUUAUGCAGCUGGACACUGUACUGACUUCUGCUGAGGACCAAAUAGUAGUAAUUUGCGCCACGAGUAAACCGGAAGAAAUUGAUGAAUCUCUUCGAAGGUACUUCAUGAAACGACUUUUAAUCCCACUUCCUGACAGCACAGCGAGGCACCAGAUAAUAGUACAACUGCUCUCACAGCACAAUUACUGUCUCAAUGACAAGGAGGUUGCACUGCUUGUCCAGCGCACAGAAGGCUUUUCUGGACUAGAUGUGGCUCACUUGUGUCAGGAAGCCGUGGUGGGCCCACUCCACACCAUGCCAGCCACAGACCUUUCAGCCAUUAUGCCCAGCCAGUUGAGGCCAGUUACAUAUCAAGACUUUGAAAAUGCUUUCUGCAAGAUACAGCCUAGCAUAUCUCAAAAAGAGCUUGAUACAUAUGUUGAAUGGAACAAAAUGUUUGGUUGCAGUCAGUGA